AUUGUCUCAAGUAGACACUUUUUUCACGUUUUAGUGGUUGGUUGGGGAGCCGACAUCUAUGUUCUAGUUCUUCGAUCAAUUUGAAAUUUAGUUUACACUCGUGUGUACUGUUUAGUUGGAUUCUUGGAUAAAGUGCUUCCCAUGUUUAUAUGUUAUACCGUUAUAAUUCUUUUUGUGCUACAUGUUUUAGCAUAUUUGUGCUUAGAUGAUUCUUUUACAGGGUUGUAGUCCAAAAUAUCUGCAGCUUGAUUAGUUGGUUAUCCUUUUUCUUUGCUUGUGAGAAUUUACUGGAAUUCAUUUUCUUUUAUAUGGAUGCAUUAUGUAUUGAUAAUUGAAGCCUUGGGUGAUCCUUUGGGUCUUGAUGAUAGCUGAUUACAAGAAUUCUUUCUCUUUUUUUUUCCGUAUUUUUUUUUCAUGAGCAACUCUCCCAUACAAGCAUCCCCCAUUUGGCAGAAACAGUGUGUCUAUAAUUUUUAUGUUUUCAUCCUUCAUUUCUAACAUCUACUUUCUAGUUUUUUGCCGGUUCAUAAGUUUACUAACAUCCCUUUGAGUGAUUAUUUAUCGUGUCUCGUCUUUCUAUAUGGAUUUAUUUUUUGACUUGCCCUGAGCUCUUAUGCAUCUUUUAGGACCCUAAUGGAUAUACCACAGAAAACAUGUGGAACUGUUAUUUAUACAUGUAUAUUACAAAAUUAAUUUUGUAAAUCAUGGUUUGUGAGAACAGUGCGUUUCCCCCUUCCAUUUUUCGUUUCUUUUUCAUUAUAUUUGUACACAGUAGCCGGUAGCAUGAUGUGUCCUUUUGUUUCCUUUUAAGUACUACUUUGUGCAAUGAAGUCCACAAAGCUAACCUGCAUGUUAUAUGCUUGCCAUUUCAGUUAUUUCUGCUUGGCUUUAUGAUUAGAGAAAGAGUCCCUUUUCGCUUUCAUCUUCACCACUUAUAUGUCAUAUUAACUGACUAAGAAAUUGCAUAAACAAAAGGCACGAGUAUGUGAUUUUGCUUUUCGUAUUUCAAAUUUCUAUGUCAAGAGUCCAUCUCUUCUUCUUCAUUUGUUUCGUCGGUCAUUUCAGCUCUGCUAGCCAUUACUUGCUUUCUUUUCCACUUGUUAUGGAACAUUUUAUGUUUGUGUAGUUGCAUUUGGUUUGUUCCCUCUUUUAGUUUCUCUUGAUAGCUUUGUCAUUGAAAAAGGGGUGAGGUUAUCAAAAGAGAGAUUUCAUUCACCUUAAACUUUCUCACUAAGGUGUGCUUGUGCAUAUUGGGGUCAAAAUGUUCUCAAGUAAGGUAGACGUUGAUUUAUAUUAUCCAAGGACACCAAGGUUUUGUUUGGUACGCGAGACGGGGCUGGACAGGACGGUUUUAUUCCACAUUUGGCACAACAUUAGACUACGACAGGAUGGUUUUGUUCCACGUUUGGCGCAAGAUAAGAUACCAAGGACUGACAGGACCGAGUCUCACCAAAAUAGGUGAAACAAAAACCAGGGAGAUAGACAUGAUUAAUUACCAAACUACCCAUGUCCCAUUAAAACCCAAUCUUACCACAAUUCUUUCAACCCGCCUAUCUUGCUCUCACACGUUCAGUUCAGUCCCUUCCGUGUACCAAACGCACCCGAACUGGUUCAUAAAUCUGCACUACCUCAUUUUGGUUUUCGUAGGACGGACAUGUGAUAUCGAACGGCUUUCUCCGGUAUGAGGCAUUGAGAUGUCCAUCCUUUGAUUUCGUAGUCCUUUUUUAGAUUGUCAACGCAAAUGUUUGUCAUCAUUUAUAUUGGAGAUUAGCUGAGGAAUCUUUUAUGGGCAACGUCAAAGCAUGAUCUGUACCUUAUGCAGAAUUACUCGGUUAUGCAUUGGUCUUCACUUCUAAGAAGGAGCAAGGAAGUAGUCAACGUUGCUAUGCCUGUAUUACCUACUUUGAAAUAUCCCGGAUCUUUUUCUCGUUCACUGUCGCGAGUACAAGUAAGCACUAUGGCUGUUAAGGACGGUCUAAUUGUUGCCGGUGGUUUUCAUGGUGAACUAAUCUGCAAGUAUCUGAACAAACCUGGAGUUUCCUUUGCCACUAAAAUAGCAACCGAUGAAAAUGCCAUAACUAACUCGGUCGACAUAUCCUACAGCUCAAGUGGGUCAAUGAGGAUUAUGACUGCGAACAAUGACGCACUCAUAAGGGUGUUUGAUGCAAACAGUUUUUCUUGCAUUGAUAGCUUCUCGUUUCCAUGGUCCGUUAACGAUACAUCCGUUAGCCCUGAUGGUAAAAUGUUGGCCGUCCUUGGAGACAGUACAGAAUGCAUGCUGGCGGAUGCUCAAUCUGGGAAAGAAAUCACUAAAAUGACAGGGCAUUUAGACUACUCGUUUGCAUCAGCAUGGCAUCCUAACGGACAAAUUGUGGCAACUGGGAACCAAGACACAACCUGCAGAUUGUGGGAUAUAAGGAAGGUGUCGGAGUCGUUGGUGGUGCUCAAGGGAAGGAUGGGUGCGAUCAGAGGCAUAAGGUUCAGUGCAGAUGGUCGGCACAUGGCAAUGGCUGAGCCAGCAGACUUUGUUCACAUAUAUGAUACAGAAAGUGAUUAUGGAUCAGGGCAGGAGAUCGAUGUUUUUGGAGAAAUAGGUGGAAUAUCGUUUAGCCCCGAUGCUGAAGCUUUGUUUGUUGGCAUAUCCGAUCGGACGUAUGGUAGUGUAUUGGAGUUCAACCGAAGACAUUGUAAUAGAUACCUGGAGGCGUUAUUUUAGUGCCAGUAAGUUUGUGUUGUACAUAAUAUGUUUGUGAAUGUUGGUUGGAGACUUGUUUCUUAUCUAUAUUUUGCAUUGAACUUGACAUGAUUGGAUGGGAAAGUUGAU